AUGAAGUUCCUCCGUCCUUCUCUUGCUACGAACGUGAACGUGGGCGCGCAGGGCGCCGUGCGCCACGUGGCCGGGCCGGCCGCCGAGGACGCCAUCGCCCGACUGCGGGCGGAAAGGCUGAACGAGCUGGACCUUGUGACCUUGGUCAGGGCCCUGAUCAGGUGCAUGGUGGCUUGCUGGCGGAGCCUCAACGCAGGUUUUUGUGGGUCUGCUCCCUUGGAAGUGGAGGAGAAGCUGGCCCUGACGGUGACCGAGAUUCCCUACGAGGUCUUGCAGAUCUUCCAGAUGCCCUACGUGGGCGAUGAGCAGCGCCAUGGAACACUCAUGUCGCACCUGGUCUUGACGGUGAAUUACCAACCUUUGCUGGACGAUUUGGUCCGAGAGGCGCAGAAAUUAGCAGAACUUGUGACCGACCAGGUCACCCUGGAAACCCUUCGGAAGCCGCGCGCCAAGGCGCGCCGCCGGUUAUCGGAGCGUCUCGAUGCCCACUCUGUGCACUGGCGGCAUCGGCAUCCCGGUGCAGUUCGUCGCCGUGGCGGCGGUGCGCAGCGUCUACUGGGACUUCUGCGCGCACCCCACGGCGCCUCUGUCGCGCCAGUGGGUGUUCUUGUGGACAUGUGUGGUGGCUUGCCUGUGCCUUGGGAUGUUUCGGGGGGAGAACUGACGGUUGAACGAGCAGUCAGUGGCACCAGGAAGCAGGAGAAGUGUGAGAUCUUCGGAGAUGCCGUGAAGAUGGAGGUCCUGGACCACUUCUACCGACCGGAAGUGGCUGAGGAGUUGGUGGGUCUUCUCCAUAGGUCUGACGGCGUCGGCGAAGGAGAGGUGACUCCUGAGGACCUGCCGCUCUCAGACGAAGACCCCGAGGACAUGCUGGGCCUCGAGCCCGGAGCCCUUCCGAGCGGCGGAAAAUGGGACCUGAGAGAAGCGGGGCAGAGAGGAGGGCAGACAGGGCGGAAAGGUCUGGACGGUGGAAGUGCAGGGAUGAUGACGGGUGAUGUGUCUGGGAAUGUGGAUCAUUGGGACGGGCUCGCUGGACGGGACUCCUUGGGGAGACCGAUUUCUCGAAGGGCACGUGGAGGCGAAGCGGCACGUGCGGCGGAAGGGGCUCAGCUGGAUCGCCUCGUGCUCAAACUCGAGGAUGCUGCCGUCUCUGGCGGCCUCGAGAUGCGUGCGGUGUCCUCCAAUGAGGAUGCGGACUUCCAAGCGCGCGUGAAGGUCAUGAAGGAGUUCAUGAGCAGCGAGCGCUUUAAGCACACCACUCGACCCUACAAGGUGGAGGAUGUGGUUAAGCUACAGGGCACCUUCCCCAUGUACUUCAACGGCGCCAAGGUGUCGGAGAAGCUCUAUAAGAUGCUCCGUGAGCACCAGGCCAAGGGCACCUGCUCCCACACCUUUGGUGCGCUGGACACCGUCCAGGUCACUCAGAUGGCAAAGUACUUGACCUCCGUUUACGUGAGCGGCUGGCAGUGCUCCUCAACCGCCUCCACCUCCAACGAGCCCGGCCCAGAUGUGGCUGAUUACCCUUAUGACACCGUGCCCAACAAGGAGAAUGUGCUGUACCUCUAUGCGAUUCAGAGAGUGCAGCUGACGCCAGCGGUCAAAGAGGAUGUGAAGCUGUUGACUGGAGGACAGCAGGUGGUCGACAUUGAGUGGAGGGUGCAGAACCGAACGGUGAGGGGCAGCGGCCAGGCACGCAGUAAGAAGGCGGCACGGAGGGACGCGGCCAGACAGUUGCUCCAGAAGCUGCCAGUGAGCGAGGAGGCCGCACUGCAGAUGCGGAAGCAAAUGCUCUCGGGGCUUCGCUACAAGCUGUCAGCGGAGGUGCUGGAGGAUCGUCCCGGCGAGCCGGGCGAGUCUGGCUCGGUGCAUUCGGUGACCUGGCGGGUUCCGCGGCCGCAGAACCGGCCCCCCUUGGAGCUCACGGCCGAGGGCCGGGGUGCCACAGCCGCUGAAGCGCAGGCCGAUGCUUUGGAACACUUAUAUGUCCAGGCCGCCGCUCAGCCGGCGCUCCAGCAGAGUGUCCACGUGGCGAAGGCCGAGCGCCGCGAGGUCCAGCAGCAGCAGCUGCUGGAGGAGGCCGCGCAGCAGCGGCAGCAGCAGCUGGACGCCGCGCAGUCGCAGCUGAGCGACGCGGCGGCAGGGGAGCUUGUAGUGAGGCACAAUUUGGUGGUGCUACGCCGACGGGUGAAGGUGAAAGAUGAGGUGCUGGCACAUGAGGCGGGCUACCAUUGUGUCCUCCGCUGGUUCUGGGACGAUCCCAGCGGCGAGGCGCGCGAGGCGCGCGUGAGCGCCUUGGGUGGCAAGAAGCGCAUUGCGAAGGCGGAGGCCAUGCGGCGGAUGCUGCAGGAGCAGGGCUUCGAAGCACUGGAGGUGAGCGCGCUCAACGAGGCCGCGGGAGUUCGUGCCUUGGCCAAGGACUCGGGUCCUGCAGCUGCAUCGUCAGCAUGUGACUUCAUGUCCCGAUGGCCACCCUCCUACUGGAGCUUGGUCUUGCUGGACGUUUGGCGACAGUCCCUGGCCCUGCGGGACACGAAGGCCCUCGAAGUGCUGGGCCGCGCGGUGCGGGAGCUGCCCAGGGAGGGCUUAGGCCCCAGGCUUUGGGAAUCGCUCUUGGAUGCACCGGCGCACGUGGCGUGUGGGGCUACAGCUGCUGAGGCCCUGCGAGCCUUGCAGGGCACCCGGCUGGAUGCGGCUCAAUUCCCUUCGGCGGCGCACAGGGACUAUUUCCAACACUUCCGGCUGCUCAUGGCCAUGGAAAGGGUGGGAGCCAACCAGGCGAUGGUGGAAGAGCUGCGCACCCAAGCGGAGGCACCCUAUUUGAGGAUGAGACAGCAGCAUUUUGUGUUGCCCUACCUGACCCUGGUGCCUCCACGCGAUUGGGAUGGCUCCCUCCUAAGCUCCCUGCGGCAAGGAGAUGUGGUGUACCUGCGCUCGGACGAGCGGGAUCACCUGGCAGUGGUGACGACCAUUGUGAAGGAAGGCAAGCCGAAGUUGACUGUCCGCUGUCAUACCCUCAGCAUGGAUGAUGUGGACGAGGAGUGGUUCGAUGUCUAUGGCCUCGAGUCCGAGGUCACGGCCUUCAGGUGCAUUUCGGCACUCUGGGCCUCCGCGCAGCCGCGCCUCUCCGCGGACGAGGGACGAGCCGCGCCGCAGGCCUUGGGCCGGGAGAUGUCCCAGAUCAUCGUGGAAGCCUUCGGCGCGCCCGGCGCGCGACAUCUGGAGAGCGCCCGACGGGCCCUGGCGAAGCGGCCGGUGGAGCAGUUGGAGCAGUCUGUGGAGCUGGUGCAGAAGGCCGCCCUCGCCACCGGGCAGCGCCUCUCCCAGGCUCAGCUGAACUCUGUGAUGGCUUCCCUUCAGCAGCGGCUCACCUUGAUCCAAGGCCCCCCAGGCACUGGGAAGACCACCGCUGCGGCGGCCGUGGUCAUGGGCUGGCGCUCCAGUGGGCAGCGGAUUUUGUGCGCGGCGGACUCGAACGUGGCGGCGGACCAGCUGCACAGAGCCCUGCGCAAGUGGGGCAUCAAAUCCUACCGCUUCGCACCAGCCGAAAUGCGCAAAGCAGCCUCGAUCUAUGACAAGAUGAUGAUGGCUCAGGAUGCGCUCGGCAGCUUUCAGAUUGUGGUGACCACCUGCGCCAGUGCGGGGCACGACCUCGUGAAAGGUGAGCACUUCCAGCGCGUGAUCAUUGAUGAGAGCACCCAAUCGAUCGAGCCCAGCACUUUGCUUCCCAUCAUCAACGGCUGUUCACAUCUGGUCCUAAUUGGUGAUCACCGGCAGUUGCCCCCUACCGUGAUCUCCGACGACGCCCGCCGCGGCGGCUUGGAGCGGUCGCUCUUCGCGCGCCUGGUGGAGGCGCCGCAGGGCACAGGCGGAGCCGCGUUGGUGGAGCCGUUGCUGCUGAACGAGCAGCGCCGGAUGCACCCGUCCAUCGCGGAGUUCCCCAACCAACACUUCUACCAGGGACGUGUGAGGGAUGAGGUGCCAGCACGGCCCCCCAUCCGGCAGCUACAGUUCCCUCAGAAGGAUGCCUUGCGCGUGAUGCUCAUCGACUGCGGCAUGGACGAGGAGCGCUGCGGUACCUCAUGGCGCAACGCAGGGGAGGCCGAGGCCAUCCGCCGGGUGCUGCAGCACUUGAGGCCCAACAGCACGCAGGGCGAGAUCGCGGUCUUGACACCGUACGUGCAACAAAAAGAGCUGCUGAAGUCUGUGCUGGCGGAUGCAAAGCUACAGGUGCCUGUCUCGACGGUGGACGGCUAUCAAGGAGCCGAAGCCGAGUUGAUCCUCUUCUCCCUGGUGCGCGGCAACUCUUCCGGGCGCCUCGGCUUCGUCCGCGACCUGCGCCGCGCGAACGUGGCGCUGACGCGCGCGCGGUCUGGGCUGCUGGUCUUCGGGGCGCGGGAGACGUUGCGGCAGGAGGAGGACCAGCAUUUGGGGCACCAGCUGCGGGGGCACCAGCAUGCCAUUUUGGUGCCGUGCUCUUCUUGGGCCUGGGUGGUCCAAGGGGACCAGAAGCCUGGCACCAAGAAAUGUGGGCACAUGGGUGGCAAGGUCUUGGUCUCCACCCAGGAGCACAUUCAGCGCUUGAUCGCCAUCCGUCUGCAGGCUGACGUGCUGAACUCUCCCCUGGUGCUGGUGGCCCGGACGGACGCCGAAGCAGCCACCAUGAUCGACAGCAACAUCGAUCCGGUUGAUCAUCCACACAUCAAGGGUGUCACCGUCAAGGGCGUUGAGCCGUUGUACGAGGCCAUGAGGAAGGGCACCGACAAGGAUUGGGAAGAGAGGUCUGGCUGCAUGACUUUCCCCGAUGCUGUGGCCAAGGCUUUGAAAGCCAAGGGCCAGGACCCUGCAAAGUGGCUCCAAGAUGCACGCAAGAUGUCCUUGGAUCAGAUGCGAAAGGCCGCAGCAGGCAUGGGCUGCGACAUUUUCUUUGACUGGGAUUCUGCCCGCUCUGUUGAGGGCUACUUCCGUAUCAAGGGCUCCACUGAGUUCUGCAUCGAGCGUGCCAUUGCAUUUGCACCGUAUGCUGACAGCAUUUGGAUGGAGACCGGAAAGCCCAUUCUUGCGCAGGCCACUCAGUUUGCCAAAGAAGUGCGCGCUGCUGUGCCUCACCAGAUGCUUGCAUACAACCUGAGCCCAUCUUUCAACUGGGACAGUGCUGGGAUGACUGAUGGGCAGAUGGAGUCUUUCAUCUGGGAUCUUGCCAAGCUCGGCUUCUGCUGGCAGUUCAUCACUUUGGCUGGCUUCCACUGCGAUGCGCUCAACAUUGACCUCUUCGCCAAGGAGUACAGCAAGCGUGGCGCCGCUGCCUAUGUGCAGAUGAUCCAGCGUGAGGAGCGCAAGCACAAGGUGGAGACCCUGACCCACCAGAAGUGGAGUGGAUCUGAAAUCGUGGACGAGAUGGGCAACAUUGUCAGCGGCGGGCUCUCCUCCACCGGCAUCAUGUCCGCUGGCGUCACCGAGAAGCAGUUCUGA